AUGGCUGGCCGCUUUGUACGAGCGUCCAAAUACCGCCAUGUCUUCGGACAAGGCGCGAAAAAGGAGCAAAGCUACGACAACUUGCGCAUCUCCAAGAACGCCUGGGACACCAACCUGAUCAAGGCGAAUCCAGAAUACCUCUCCGUGAACUGGGAAGCUAGCGGUGGUGGUGCCUUCGCUGUCAUCCCCCUCAAUGAGAAGGGUCGCGUCCCCGAGCAGAUACCCCUCUUCCGAGGGCAUACAGCCGCCGUUCUUGACACCGACUGGAGCCCUUUCAACGAUUCAUUGAUCUCCUCUGCCUCUGACGAUGGCAAGGUCUUCAUCUGGAAAGUGCCAGAGGGUUUCUCGCUCUACUCCGACGCUGAAGAGCCUGCCGACGUAGCUCCUGUGGCCAAGCUGAGUGGCCAUCUCAGGAAAGUCGGACAUGUUCUCUUCAACCCGGCCGCCGAGAACGUCCUCGCUUCGUCUUCUGGAGAUUAUACUGUGAAGUUGUGGGAUGUCGAAGCCGGCGCACCCAAGCUCACCCUGAAGCACAAGGAUAUUGUUCAGUCUCUCUCGUGGAGCGCCGACGGCUCUCAACUUGUCACAACGAGCCGAGACAAGAAGCUGCGCGUCUGGGAUGUGCGACAAGAAGCGCCCGCGAUUGAGGUCCAGGGCCAUCCAGGAGCCAAGAGCAGCCGUGCUGUGUGGUUGGGCGAGCAUGACCGUAUCGCUACCACAGGUUUCUCUCGCAUGAGCGACCGCCAGCUCGCUCUCUGGGACGCACGCAAACCGGGAGAGCCCAUCGGCGGCUUCACGAUCUUGGAUAGCAUAUCCGGUGUCUGCAUGCCAUUCUGGGACGAGGGCACACAGUGCUUGUAUCUUGCUGGAAAAGGUGACGGCAACAUCCGAUACUACGAGUACGAAAACGACAAGUUCGAGUACCUUUCCGAAUACAAGUCGUCGGAGCCGCAGCGUGGUAUUGCCUUUAUGCCUAAGCGCGGUAUCAACCUUCACGAGAACGAGGUCCUCCGUGGGUUCAAGACCGUCAACGACACCUACAUUCAGCCCAUCUCCUUCAUCGUUCCCAGGCGUGCGGAGAUGUUCCAAAGCGACAUUUACCCACCCACAACUGGUAUCAAGCCCGGUACUACUGCGCAAGAGUGGUUCGGCGGCAAGACUGCACUACCCCCCAAGAUUUCUCUGGAAUCGGUCUAUGAAGGCGAAGGUCCCAAGGAGGUCCCAUCUGAGUACAAGGCACCCCACGCCGCUGAACCCAUUCGAAGCGCUUCUCCUACCAAGACCGAGGCCCCGAAACCGGUUGAACCUCCUGCGCCAUCGCCAGUAGCCCGUGGACCACCUCCUUCCGUGAGCGACAAUAAGGCAUCUCUCGCGGCGGGCGCCUCGAAAUUUGCUGACAAGGAAGAGGAGCUGGAAGACGAUAACAGCAGCUUCGAGGAGGUAUCGAAACCUGUCGAACGUCCAACUGCCACCACUGCACGUCAGGAGGAGAAGACGCGCGGUCCAGUUUUCAAGCAGGAGCCUGAGCCAUCGAAGCCUACUCCUGCCCCGACUACCGCUCCAACCUUUUCUACACCCGCACCCGCUGCAUCAACUCCUACUUCAUCAUCGACGGCCACGCCGGCACCGAGCGCUUCGGGUGCUGCAGCUGGGUUGAAGGACUUCCUGGCCGAUAUUAAGAACACGGUUCAGCAGCAAAGUGAGACGCUACAGCGUCAAAACCAGAUCAUGUCGGACCAAUCUGACCAGAUCGCGCUCCUGCUGAAGAAGGUCGGCACGUUGGAGACCAAGGUCGGCUCGCAAAGUGGCGAUCGCGAGAAGGAUGAGCGUAUCCGCGAACUGGAGCUCGAACUGGAAGAGGCUCGAUCCUGA